UCGACUAGAUGACUAGACAAGAUGUCCAUGUCCAUUUCUCCUCUUGCAAACCCAAAAGGAACGAAGAAAUUGUGCGAGCUUUGUCAGAAACCAGCUUAUCUCCAGUGCACAAAAUGCCGAGUCACUUUCUACUGAAAUUCAAAUAUGCGAACUAUGACUUCAUGGAGUGCGAAAGUAAAGUGCGCAUGCGCAGAUACUCCGUAAAGAGUGAUGUGGCUCACCAGCAGGCAGAUUGGAAUAGCAUCCAUGAGAAAGUGUGUGAGCUGCUGAGCUCUAUACGAACCCCUGCACCAUUCUCCUGUUUCCAGGCUGACAGAGACAUCCAUCAUAUGCAGACUCUGAAAAGAUUGGAGCACAUAACACAGCUCUCCCAUGCUGCAGCUAAGAGCUGGGUGUCAGAAGGGAAGUACAGCGAGGCAAUGCCAGCAGCUCAGCUCUCCCUGCGCUGUGCUAUUGACAUUUACGGCCGUGAUGUUGUUGAACUGGUGCCAGCCUACUUGCUGCUUGCCGAGGCCAGUAUAGGUUUAGGUUCUCUGUCUCAGGCUGAAAGCUGUCUCUCACAGGCAGAGUGGAUGGUAAUGAAGAAUCCGGGCUGCAGUCGGACAGUUCUUCAUCUGCUCCACAGAACCCUGGGCCACCUGUACUCGGCCAAAGGAGACUACAGCUCUGCCCUACUGCACUUCGCCAAUGAUGUGUACUAUGCGAGUGAGGAGUUUGGUUUGGACAGUGUGGUCACAGCUCGAGGCUAUUUCUUGAUGGCAAAUGUGUUCAUGAAACAGGAGAAGACAGAUAUUACAAACUCACUCUACUCAGAGGUUGCCAGUAUCUGGCAUGCUCACCUGUCUAAGUUGAUGGAGUGUUACAGUCAGAAGGAACAUGAGGGAGCUCAAUACUUUGCUCAUGGCACAGUGUUGCAGCAAGUUUCUGUGCAUAUUCUACCCGUGUCUGCACGGCUUUGUGUUCAUAAGGCCCUGUGAUGGACUGUCCUCCCAUACCGAGGAUAUUUCUGCCUGACCCUGACCAGUAUAAAAUAAAUGAAUGAAUGUAUGAAUGGAAAUAAUUUUAGAUCUAGUUAUAUGUAUAGGUUUUAUUAUGUGAACAGGGUUAAUUUAACUGUUAAAUUUGUUGGUUGUGCAAAAAAAGUAAAUGGAUAUGUUGAUAAAUAUUUGCAUCUAACAGUCUAUGAAGCCAAUAUAACAGCUAUGAAUGUUGCAACAAAAUUAUCAAAUUAAAAACUGACAUUUAGCUAAGUAGCAAGCAUUGUUUCAAGGCAUUCCGAACCAGGAUCUACCAAUAUUGAUACAGCAGUAUUAAUGAUGUAGCUCCUUCCUAUUAAAAUGCAUUUUAUUUGAAAUUUCUGUAAUACAAAUCCAACAUAAAAGUUGCCCCAAUGCUCGGCGACCUGCUAAAAGACAGUUUGCGUCCUCUGUACAUGCAUGAGUCAUGCCAGACAUCACAUACAUCCACAGCAUAAAAUACAUCAGAUGCAUCCAUAUUUUGGAUCAGAAGUCAGCCCUGGUACUAGUAGUGCAUAUCUACUCCUAAUCUUUCCUGGCAUUACUUGUAUCUUGCCAUUACUAUAGGGUUAUGGCUGAAAGUGUUUACCAAUCCCAGCUAUGACCUCAUUCCAGAUGACCACUAUUAAAUGAUUUCAUCCAGCAUAGCACCUGGUCUCAUUUGAACCUCAAAGCGGGGCGAAAAUAAGGUGACCAAGACUUUAUUUAUCACGUUCUGAUGCAAACCCAGCAAUGCAGCACCAUACUGAUGAAUAAGCAAAACCUACCCUGACACAGCUUAAUUCCGGAUGCAAAUAUGUGUCCCUUGUGUGUCUUUCCCUGCCCC